AUGCCGAAAGAGGAUUUGUGGCUAGGGACAGCUGGUCAAGAUUCUGGCAGUUGUGACAGCAUGGUCAGCACUAACUCAAGCCACUCUGAAUUUAGUGAUAACAGCUAUGACUACUUAUCUGUGGAGGAAAAGGAAUGUUUGAUGUUCCUAGAAGAAACUAUUGAUUCUCUGGAUACGGAAGCAGACAGUGGGGUUUCUGCUGAUGAGAUAGAUUAUGCUGAACGUUCUAAGCUCCCCAGGACAUGGCCGAAGAGAGAUGUUGUUCCAAAAAAUUUGGACAGUAGGUCUCCCACUGAAAGUUUUGGUCCGCGACAUGAAGUAGAACAAAAGGGUGAUAAACAUGGAUCUCUUCUCUCAAGCUCUGCUCCAGUGGGGGUUACAAGCUCAGGCUACCGCAGCCUUCCAAGGAGUGUCAAUGCAGGAAGUGCACAAACAACCACCAAGGUUUCUGUCAGCAAAGCAGCUGACGUCCCUGAUGGUCCAACUCCAACAGCUCAAGAACCAGGGAAGUCUUCAUGGAAGAUGCCCAAGAAAAGGGGGGUUGAGGACAAGUCAAAUCACCAGCCCAGCAUGAGUACUCAGAUGAAGCCAUCAGACUUGGAGUCUGUAAUUAUCUGCCCCCCUGAACCCUUCCAGGAUCCCAGAAGCAAAGGGUCUGGCAAUGGCAGUGAAGAUGAGCUACUACCUAAUAAUUUGGAGGCAAAGGGAAAAGCUGAGGAAGCAAUGGGGAAUGAAGCUGAAGUUGCACCACAGCAUUCUGCCCCAGAGAAUGCAAGGCUGCCACUGAAAGAGGAAAAGAAACAUCAUGAGCAGGGAAGAGAGGGAGCCCCUGAUCUUCAAGGCAACCAAGAGAAAUCACCCUCAAAAGAAGCUUCUCUCGAUUCAAACAUCAAGCCAGGGCCUCCCACAGCCCCAAAGCCAAGAAAACUGCCACCAAAUAUUAUCCUGAAACCUAGCAAAAUCAGCCCAGCACCACUCGUAGACGCCCAUCACAAUAGAAAAGUGCCUUCUCCAUCUUCACCCAAGCACAAAUCCAACACCAGUGACUCUUCUGUGGAAAAGCAGGAAAGGGCCAGGUGGGAGGCGUUGGAGAAGUUGGGACUCCUACAUGAUAAAGGAAGGGAAUCUAAAGUCCAUGUUGUCAGACCUCCUACUGCUCCCAAACCAAACCCUGUCCUCAUUCCUAGGGCUGGUAGUAGGGAUAACUUAAACAGUGAUGAUGGAACUGAUGUUCCUGUGAAUGGGAAAUCUGACCAACAACAUGCUCCAGGUUUAAAUCCAGCAGAGAGCGCUGCUCCUGGCUUGAGACAGACAAUCAAAUCCAACACCUUGGAGCGUUCAGGCAUAGGUCUGAGCAGCAAGGACCAGAACACGGACAGCAGCUCACUUGGCAAAACAUCAGUCCUUAAGAUGGCGGCUCCCAGUGUUAUCAGGAAUAACCGAACACGCCCAGCUUCCCUCGGCACAAGGGAAGACUUUAUCGAACUCAAAGCAUCCAAAUCUGAUAACGAGGAGCCAGGGAAAAGUGACAAGCGCAAAUCUUACCCGUUGCUGAAGUUUCCCCGGCCUACUUGUGUCAGCGUAAAAAUCACCCCUAAAGGAGCUACAGAUGAAAACCGGCGGGAGGCUCUGAAAAAACUUGGCCUACUGAAGGAAUAA